AUGCUCUAUAACCCCACUCCCCUCGCACUAGUACCUACUACUCAGGAUCCUCCCACCGAGUUUACAACAGACAUCAGUGAGGUGACGUACUUAGGAGCAGAGGAGAGGUUUACGGAGGAAGUCACCACAUCACCCAACGAUGAUGAGACGGUUACUAUGACAACAGAAAAUACUUUCUCACCAGAUAAAGAAGGAGACGAGGAGAGACAAGGUGUUUAUAAUUUCAUCAAAGUCAAAUUUACAUUGCCAGGAAAGUCGAACGGUGAUAUUGACGGGACGUUGAGAACAGAUAUAAAGAAUGCUAUAAAUCCAAUUCUGAGUGAGAAAGUCGAAGAAUACAAUACAUCAUCCGUUGCAUUUAGCGAAUGUGAAGGUGACUGUUUGGCAGCAACUGUGAAACUGGAUUUUAUGUUGCGGAUUACUCUGGAAGAAAGACGAGGGGUAAUCAAAGUGCUUUACGAGAUAGUUGAACGGAACCAAACACUUGGAAGCCUUCGUGUUGAAAUGCUUUAUGUAUUGAAUGUAAAAGGAUCUUAUGAAAGGAUACAUACUGCAUGUGACAUCACACAUUGCAAACCCGAUAUGAAAUGCUUCACUGAAGGGAAUGAUUGCUCAUCUGUUUGUGCUGACAAUACUGAAUAUUGUCUUCAUGGAAGAUGUGAAAAAUUUGCUCAACAGUCUUUCAUCACUUGCCAUUGCGAAGAAGGUUUCACUGGUCCGCGAUGUACCCACGAGAUAGGGAAAGACGAGAGCGAUGCUGAUCUUUAUGUUGGGAUCAUCGCAGCUAGCGUUAUAGCUUGCAUCAUCGUUCUAGCAAUCAUCCUGGCAACUUGCAUCAACAUCUUCAAUAAGAAACGCAUCCGAACUGGAAGAUCCGAAGAGCUGUUUGGCAUCGAGAACGUUGUAGCUUUAGAGUUAAUGGAUGAGAAAUCUCAAUUGGAUGGUAUGGCGACCCAGACAGACGAAAGUUUCCUACUCGCUCGAUCGCACAAGGAUGGUGUUGCCCCUAAAGCAGGCCAUGCCCACAAGAUCAUGCAGACCAAUGACUCUUUUCUACUGGCCAAGGCACAGCUACUAAGGGCACAUGGUUCGGCAACGCGCUACAGAGGGGCGGGGUCUCCUGUGGGUGUGGUCAGUGGGAAUACGCGUCGCCUGAGUGAUCGACCAUCAGAGAGCAAGAUACCCGAAGUCGAUCAUGCCGAACCCAGUACAAGCACUGCCGGAGUUAACGGAGUAGCGAGGAAUCCCUCAACAAAGAAGGAUCGAGCACCAGCCCCACCUCAGCAAAGUCCUGCACCCCCCUCUCAAAAUGACAAAGCCACACCUUCCACCAGUAAAGGCGAGCAGUCCCCUAUUCCUUCCACAGAAAGCGCUCCAAAGCCAGCAGUCGAAAAUGAGGAGGGAAAUAUAGAGGUACCUCCCCCAGAGAAGCCGAUAAAGUUGGUAGAGGGUAAUGACGUGAUUUCAGAUGCUUACCCUGGAAGAAAAAUACUAAAAGUUUAGCCCCUAAUCAGUCUUCUGUUUGGGAUGAUCCGAGAAUAAACUUCAUCUGUUGAAAGAGACAAUAUUGUAUUUUUAUGAAUGUAUACUCCGCUUGUACUAUGUUUGCCUUCAUCUUGUCCCUGUAAGUUACAUGUAUGCCGAAGUCCGUCCGAAGAUAACCCGAAUUGUGUCUGACCUCUCCAAACGAAGAAAUAAUACAAUGAACAGUACUUGUUCCCGAAAUCCAGUACAGAUGAUUGUUUCUGUCUUAUUGCUGUAUGUCACUGUCAUUAUUAAUGGUAUGAUUACAGCACUGACAGAUUAGUGUAACCUGACCUAAACACUUUUUUAUUGUUGUAAACGCACAUGUUAAAUCAGUAUGACCAUUUUUGUCUCGCCUGAACGAAGUUCGGCAGAGACCUAGUUAUCUCGCCUGAACGGAGUUCAGCACAGGCCUAGUAAACACUAUUCCUGUUGGUCUGUUAGUCCGUUAGUGUGUUGGUCUGUUCGAAAAAGUUUUUGUUCAACUUGCUCUCAUUUAUUAUUUCUACAUCAUUUAUGUUCACACUUGGUAAACAUGACUUGGAAAAUACCACAUCUGUGUCCAUGAUCAAGUAUCCCAGGAUAAUGGGGACAAAGUUCAUCUAGGGAGGCAAAAUGUCACAUGAUUAUGAGGUCAUGUUCAUCUCCUUUUUAAAGUUUUUUGUGCAACUUGUUCUCAUUUCUUUAUUUCUGCAUCAGUUAUGUUCACACUUGGUACAAAUGAUCCUCGGGUAAUAUUUAUGUGCGUUGUUGAGGAUGAUAGGGUCAGAAGGUCAAGCUUUUGUUAAAAUUGCACUUAUUUUUUAAUUUCAGCAUCAACUGUGUUUGCACUUGGUACACAAAUGAUUCUUGGGUAAUACCACAUGUGUGCUCAUGAGGAUGAUGGGGUCAAAGGUCAUCUAGGGGUCAAAAGGUCAAAUGAUAUGAGGUCAUGUCCAUGUUUUUCAAGUUUUUGUUCAACUUGCUCUCAUUUAUUUUAAUAUAUCUUCAUCAGUUGUGUUCAUACUCGGUUCAAAUGAUCUUUGGGUAUUACCACACGUGUGUUCUUGAGGAUGAUUAGGUAAAAUGACAUCAAAGGGUCAAAAAAUCAUAUUGCAUAUUUUAUUGAUCGCGAAAUCAGGCGAGACUCCUGUUUCGUGAACCGCCUUGUUCCAAUAAUAACGGCAUAUCAUUGAAAUAAAUUGCGUUGACGUCUUGUGGAAAGGCAUAUUUUGUAAGUAUGAAAAAGGAAAUUUUAAAUGAAUAUCAUCUUCGCAUGAUAAUAUUAAUGAUGAAGAAGAAGAAUAGUUUGAAACACUCGACAUCACGAAUUGAUGAAUGCAAGUGGAUUUUUCAAAGUCUUCCGCAUGAUACCUUCGAAUUUAGCCACUAUAAAGUAGUAUCACAAUCAACCAAUAUCAUAUGUUUGAAACCAUUAUUUAGUAUUAUUUUAAUCGUGUAGCCAAAGACUUGAUAAUUAUGUUUUGUUGUAUGUCAUUGUGUGUGUGAUAGUUUGCCGAGCUGUUAAUAGGCCUGCUAGUUUAUGCUCACUUGUUGUAUAAUCAGUACCAUCACUCAUGUGUAUUGUAUUAUACCCUAUGUGUUUUUAAAGUUUAUAUGUAUAUAUUCUACAUUUUCGUAGAUACAUGCACUAUAUGCAAAAACGCAUAUAUGUUCAUGUGCUCCUUUUCUUUCCAUACUAACCAUGUUAGCGUGUAAUCUUGUUUCCAUUUGUCAUAAUAAUGUUUGAUCGUUAGCAUUGUUAUUGUAAAGUGUAUCUGUUGUUAAAGGGCGUGUGUUUGUUGGGGUGGACUUGACCUUUAAUACAUUUUGUCAAUAAUUGAUAUGAAUUGGCAAUUUGGAUAGGCAAGUUGCUUUCUUCAGUUCUUAAACGGAAGAAAAUUUUGAUCCAUUGUAAGAAUAAAUUGCGAAAUAAAGGAGAAAACAGAAUUUCAUCUUAUAUAAUGUUGCAGAAACAUGCCUUUGCAUAUUUUUGGUAUAACUGUAUCCCCCUAAAAAUAUGAGAAAAAUUAGAAAGAGAGCUGAAAAUAUUUCUUGAUGGCUAUUCUGUUCAUUUUUUUAACAAAAUAUUAGUGUAGAAAGUGAUUGCUUGAUGGACUUAGAUCACAAGAACAUUUGGAUUUAGAGAGUGUUCCAUCACGUCAAUUCUACUAAGUGUCAAGUCUGUGUUUUUUAAUCGUAGAUGUUAUGAACAUUUUUUAAGAAUUCAGUGCAAAUUCAUUUCUGCCCAAAUUAAGAGAUUUUCAUUUUUGAAAUUUUGAGUAAAAUGUACUGUAGUUAUGAUAUUGCUGCUUGAUUUUCAAAUUUCAAUCUGAUGUUGGAAUGAAGAUUUUAGAGGGCAUAACGGAAAUAAAGAGAUUGAUGGAAGCCAUUUAUACCAAGUCA